GUUUAAGUACCAUACCGGAAAUAACUUUUGAGCGAGUGAGCGCAUGAACCAGUGAAAGCAGCGGCUAGGUUUUUAAUGUGACAUUUUAAGUGCCAUUUUAGGGACGUGGUCAAAAUUAUCUAGCUAAGGGGUUCCCUGCUACGCUCUGUUCCAACACAUGACUUUUGUCGGCAUUUUCAAAUACAGAAUUGCUCCUAGUCCUAGGUCUCUGAAUUUAUUUCCUUUGAGACGGUCAACAAAUUGUCCACCUUCAUAAUUUGAGGACAUGGAGCAGAACAACAGUUUGCCUCCUUUCCAGGGUCUUGCCUCCCCUCAGGGGGCAAUGACACCUGGAAUGCCCAUCUUCAGCCCCAUGAUGCCCUAUGGCAGUGGUCUGACUCCCCAACCCGUGACGAACACCAACAGCCUGUCUCUCCUGGAGGAGCAGCAUCGGCAACAACAGCAGCAGCAGGCUUCGACUCAGCAGGGUGGGGUGUCAGGGGGCUCGGGACAGACACCACAGCUUUAUCACUCCCAAACGGUCACCACCACCACACUGCCAGGAAACACCCCUCUCUACACCACUACACCGCUAACCCCCAUGACACCCAUCACACCUGCCACACCUGCCUCUGAGAGCUCUGGGAUUGUCCCACAACUACAGAAUAUCGUAUCCACUGUGAACUUGGGCUGUAAACUUGACUUAAAAACAAUAGCACUCCGAGCUAGAAAUGCUGAGUACAAUCCAAAGCGAUUUGCUGCUGUUAUCAUGAGAAUACGAGAGCCAAGAACAACUGCACUUAUCUUCAGCUCUGGGAAAAUGGUGUGCACAGGAGCUAAAAGUGAAGAGCAGUCCCGCCUGGCGGCCAGGAAAUAUGCCAGAGUCGUGCAGAAGUUGGGCUUCCCAGCCAAAUUCCUUGAUUUCAAGAUACAGAACAUGGUGGGCAGCUGUGAUGUCAAAUUCCCCAUUCGGUUAGAGGGACUUGUACUAACUCACCAGCAGUUCAGCAGUUAUGAACCGGAGUUGUUCCCUGGGCUAAUCUAUAGAAUGAUCAAACCCAGAAUUGUCCUGUUGAUAUUCGUUUCAGGCAAAGUUGUUUUAACAGGCCCCACUACCAAGCAAGCGGCACUAUGAAGACCAAGGAGCUCUCCAAACCGGUCAGGGACGAAGUUGUGGAGAAGUACAGAUUAGGUUUGGGUUAUAAAAAAUAUCCUAAACUUUGAACAUCCCACGGAGUACCAUUAGAUCCAUUAUUAAAAAAUAGAAAGAAUAUGGCACCACAAACCUGCCAAUAGAGCGCUGGCCACAAACUCACAGACCAGGCAAGGAGGGCAUUAAUCAGAGGCAACAAAGAUGACCCUGCAGGAGCUGCAAAACUCCACAGUGGAGAUUGGAGUAUCUGUCCAUUGGACCACUUUAAGCCGUACACUCCACAGAGCUGGGCUUUACGGAAGAGUGUCCAGAAAAAAAUCCAUUGCUUAAAGAAAAAAAUUAUCAAACAUGUUUGGUGUUUGCUAAAAGGAAUAUGGGAGACUCCCGAAACAUAUGGAAGAAGGUACUCUGAUCAGAUGAGACUAAAAUUGAGCUUUUUGGCCAUCAAGGAAAACGCUUUGUCUGGUGCAAACCCAACACCACAUCACCCCGAGAAUACCAUCCCCACAGUGAAGCAUGGUGGUGUGGAUGUUUUUCAUUGGCAGGGACUGGGAAACUGGUCAGAAUUGAAGGAUGGCGCUAAAUACAGGUACCUUCUUGAGGGAAACCUAUUUCAGUCUUCCAGAGAUUUGAGACUGGGAUCGAGGUUCACCUUCCAGCAGGACAAUGACCCUAAGCAUACUGCUAAAGCAACACUCGAGUGGUUUAAGGGGAAACAUUUAAAUGUCUUUGAAUGGCCUAGUCAAAGCCCAGACCUCAAUCCAAUUGAGAACCCAUCCAACUUGAAGGAGCUGGAGCAGUUUCGCCUUGAAGAAUGGGCAAAUAUCCCAGUGGCUAGAUGUGCCAAGCUUAUAGAGACAUACCCCAAGAGACUUGCAGCUGUAAUUGCUGCAAAAGGUGGCUCUACAAAGUAUUGACUUUGGGGGGGUUGAAUAGUUAUGCACACAAGUUAUGUUUUUUUUUUGUCUGGUUUCAUAUUUAAAAAAUAUUUAGCAUCUUCAGUGGUAGGCAUGUUGUGUAAAUCAAAUGAUACAAACCCCCCAAAAUUAAUUUUAAUUCCAGGUUGUAAGACAACAAAAUAGGAAAAAUGCCAAGGGGGGUGAAUACUUUGGCAAGCACCGGUAGAAAAAGGGAAUUUGUCAAUUUUUGUCAAAUGUAACUUGCAUAUUUGAC